AUGGACUUCCGUGUGUUCCCGGAGCUCAAAUCACAGUUGCGUGGAAAACGCGUUGACUCAGCUGACGAUCUUGUUAAGCAUACGCAAGCUAUAGUCUCGUCCUUAACCGAUAGCUGCGGAGCUGACGUAUCUAUUCAGGAUGUUAAAACGUUUACUCCUCUUUUAACGGCAAUAAGGUACGACAGUUUAGAAGUAUUUCAACGCCUUACAGAUGACGAGUCAAUUGAAAUUCAUAGUGAUGAGUGGCUUCUUAAAGCCCUUGAAAUAGCUACAAAACAUAACAGCAAAAAUGUCGCUAAGGAUUUGAUACAGAGGUUCGAAGACUCUAACAAUGUUAUUGAAAGCAAUUAUCACGAUCUUGUGUACUUGGCCACGGUGAAAAACAGUGACAAAGUAUUAGAAGGUGAAGCUGCGGAUGAAGGUGCUGAAUCAGAAGCACAAUCAAAUAAGAUUCAGGUAGCUUCGAUUGAAGGUGCAGAAACAGAAACAAUAUCAAAUCAGAUAAAGGAUGAAGCUGCGGAUGUAGGUGUAGAAUCAGAAACAAUAUCAAAUCAGAUUCAGAAAAAAGCUGUGGAUGAAGGUGCAGAAUCAGAAACACAAUCAAAUCAGAUUCAGGAUGCUGCUACGGAUGUAGGUGUAGAAUCAGGAACACAAUCAAAUCAGAAUCAGACUACUGGUGACAUGUCCCAAGAAACAAAACAUGACAAAGAACCCUUUCAUGUAGCUGCAGAAAAGGGGUACUUGGAAUGUUUAAUUAUUUUGAUGAAACCGAUGACAAAAGAAGAUUUAUGUACAAAAGGCGAAAAUGGAAAGACAGCAUUGCAUCUUGCAGCUGCAAAAGGAAGAGCUGAGUAA